AUGGUGGAACAUGGAAGUGUCAAAAGCAACACCAUGUUCAACGGAGAAUUCAUCGCAGGCGACAAGACUACCAUAAAGACCAUCGCCACAAAAAACCGAUGCCACAUCAAGUUACCGCGAGAAAUUAUGCUCAAACGGGCGGUGGUCAACGUGCAAUCUGGAGAUAAUGCGUGUUUUGCGUGGGCAGUCGUCGCCGCUUUACAUCCAGCGGCAAAACACUCAGAAAGAACAAUCAAAUAUCCACACUAUUCAACGGUACUGAAUCUGUGUAGUAUCGAGUUCCCCAUGACGCUUCUACAUAUUUCAAAAUUUGAAAAAUUAAACACCAUCUCCGUAAACGUAUUCACAACCGAAGGCCGUUCGAUCAUUCCUCUGCGUCUCACCGACGAUAAAAAAGAGAAGCAUGUCAACCUGCUCUACGUGCCUAGAAACAAUGAGGCACACUUUGUAUAUAUCAAGGAUUUAUCGCGGUUGGUGAGCUCGCAACUGAGCAAGCAAAAUGGCAAAAAGUACAUUUGUGAUUGGUGUCUACACUACUUUCGGACGAGCGAGAAAUUGUCAGUCCACAGCGUCAACUGCGGGAAGAUGAACAACUGCGCCGUCAUUCUUCCUAACGAAGACAACAAGUGGCUGACGUUCCGCAACUACAACCGGAAGGAACGGCUCCCGUUUGUAGUGUACGCCAAUCUGGAAUGCACGCUCGCGAAGAAGGAGGGACAAGAUUAUACAACUUACGCCUACCAACAUUACAAGACUUUUAGGAUAUUAUGUAUAUCAUCUUCCCAAUGUGAUGUCCUUCAAAAUGAUAAUUCAGUCACAAAUAUUGCAGCAUUGAGAGAAAAACUAGUGAUAUUGAGAAAGUACGGUCAAGUAGUGUCUGCCAAGAUUUUGUCACUGAAUCAACAACAAGUUGUAAAGUUUCCAAUGGUAAGUUACGGUUUAGAUCCUGCUCAGUAUUACACAUUACCAGGAUAUACGUGGGACGCUAUGUUGAAGCACACGGGCAUCGAGUUUGAAUUACUCACAGACAUCGAUAUGGUCGUUGAACGCGGUAUACGCGGCGGUCUUAGCCAAUGCCCCAACAGAUACGCUCGCGCAAAUAAUAAAUACAUGUCAUCGUACGAUCCAUUGAAACCAUCAUCGUACCUCAUGUACUUUGAUGUAAACAACUUGUACGGCUGGGCAAUGUGUCAACCGUUGCCCUAUGCCGAUUUUCAGUGGGUUGAAAAUGUCGCGAGCUUUGAUGUAAUGUCCGUAACAUCCAAUUCGGCUACCGGUUAUGUGCUGGAAGUCGACCUUGCGUAUCCAAUGAAUCUUCACGACGCGCACACUGACUUAUCGUUCUGCCCGACGCGUGAUAAGCCGCCCGGCAAGCGGGAGGUCAAGUUACUCGCUACGCUGUGCGAUAAGCAGCGAUACGUCAUCCACUACCGUAACCUGCAACAAUGUAUUCGACUCGGGUUGCAGGUUACAAAGAUUCAUGGAAUAUUGCAAUUCAUGCAAUCUCCAUGGCUUCGAGGAUAUAUUGAAUUAAAUACGCAAUUUCGGACACUCGCGAGCAAUGAAUUCGAAAAAAUUUAUACAAAUUAA